AUGUCGGAGAUUUCCCGCGAUUGCGAAGAGCGAGCUCAGAGUGACAGCGGCGCGGGAGCUCAGAGUGACAGCGGCGCGGGAGCUCAGAGUGACAGCGAGACCCACACUGAGACUCACGCUGAGACCCACGCUGAGACCCACACUGAGACCCACACUGAGACCCACGCUGAGACUCACACUGAGACCCACACUGAGACUCACACUGAGACCCACACUGAGACCCACGCUGAGACUCACGCUGAGACUCACGCUGAGACCCACGCUGAGACCCACGCUGAGACUCACACUGAGACUCACACUGAGACCCACGCUGAGACUCACGCUGAGACCCACGCUGAGACUCACACUGAGACUCACACUGAGACCCACGCUGAGACUCACACUGAGACCCACGCUGAGACCCACACUGAGACCAACGCUGAGACCCACACUGAGACUCACGCUGAGACCCACGCUGAGACCCACACUGAGACUCACGCUGAGACUCACGCUGAGACCCACACUGAGACCAACGCUGAGACCCACACUGAGACUCACACUGAGACCCACGCUGAGACCCACACUGAGACCCACGCUGAGACCCACACUGAGACUCACGCUGAGACUCACGCUGAGACCCACGCUGAGACUCACGCUGAGACCCACACUGAGACUCACGCUGAGACCCACGCUGAGACUCUUGACCGCCAGUGCCUCGUGUGUUCGAGGACAGAGGAUAGUGAGGAUUAUGAGGAUAGUGAGGACAGUGAGGAUUAUGAGGACAGCGAGGAUAGGGAGAACAGUGAGGAAAAUGAGGAUUGGGAGGACAGUGAGGACAGUGAGGAUUGUAAGGACAGCGAGGAUAGGGAGGACAGUGAGGAUAGGAAGGACAGUGAGGAUUGUAAGGACAGCGAGGAUAGGGAGGACAGUGAGGAUAGGAAGGACAGUGAGGAUUGUAAGGACAGCGAGGAUAGGGAGGACAGUGAGGAUAGGAAGGACAGUGAGGAUUGUAAGGACAGCGAGGAUAGGGAGGAUAGUGAGGAUUUUGAGGACAGCGAGGCUAGGGAGGAUAGUGAGGACAGCGAGGAUAGGGAGGACAGUGAGGAUUUUGAGGACAGUGAGGAUAGGGAGGAUAGUGAGGAUAGUGAGGACAGUGAGGAUUGUGAGGACAGUGAGGAUUGUGAGGACAGGGAGGCUAGUGAGGACAGUAAGGACAGUGAGGAUAGGGAGGACAGCGAGGAUAGAGGAUAG